AUGGAUAAUGGGACAUCUCCGACAGACAUCAUCACCUAUGUCGGUGUUCCGCUCGCCGUCCUCGGCGUGCUCCCGAUCUUGUACUCGUUCGUGCGCGCCAUCCUAACCCAGCGCUCCAUUCGUCUCAGUCUCAAGCGCCAUGGCUUGCUCGAUUCUGCCAUCACGCGCGGCAGUCUCAUGUCCGGCAUCGUCGAGGUCGAACUGCCGCGAUGCACCAUCACCCCGUUCGAUCGCGACUUGGAUGCUGAAUACUGGAAGCUGAAUGCCUACCAGAGCACCUUGAAAGGCGGCUCUUGGUCGAUUUUCUACUGGAAUCGUUUGGUCACGGGUAGACGGCUGUAUCGAUGCCAGUUCAAGGAUGAGUUGCGCCUGCCGCAGGCUGAGAUAGACUUUGAGGAGCUUGUCGCUUUUUUGAUGGAUCGCGGCGCUGUGCCCGAUCCAAAGGGCUGGCACAUGUUGAAGACAAUCGGCCUGUGGACGCCCACCGCGACCGCGCUGUUGAAGCCCCCGAACGACCUGCCGGGAACAGUCCUAAAGAUCGCACCACCGGAUGAUUCGGAGGGUGUUUUGAGUUUACAAGUAUAUUGGCACACGAAUUGGGACUUUCGGGAUACCACCAGUUUGCCUCCGUUUUGGAUGAGGUUGGGCCAGCCCAAGUUCGACAAGGUCAUGGUUGAGUCAGAGACCACAAUAUCACUCUCGCCUAGGCUAUCCAAAGAAAAUGUCAAUGAACCCGUCAAUUCCCUCAAUGAAAAUGAAACUAAGCCACUGGCCCGCGAGGAUACGCUCGUCGCUGGCUCCUCCACCGAAUCAAACACCCUUCCGACGUCAUCUCUCCUCGGCUCGAUUGAACAGGCUAAAAACACCCUUACGACGUCUGCCAGUGACAGUGUGCGUUUCAAAAUCGAUGCAGAAAUUGUUCGUAAACUUUCAUUCGAGAGUGAUGGAAUUCUUACGGGCGAGACCCGGGACAUGGCCAACGUUGGAGGAGACAACGGCAGCCUAUGGUUUGUCUGCGCUGCUUCUACGAUCUGCCAAGGCCAAAAUUCGGGCCUAUGGAAUUUUACCAUUCCGGACCAGAUAGCUACAUUUACCCGCCGCAAGUCGAUUCCUUGCGGUGUGAUGGUGGUUCUUGACCUUCUAGACGGCAAGGAUGUCCCUCCAUGGGCGUCACCACCACCGAAGACGCAAGAAAGUCAUACGGAAAUCCAUCAGCGACUACAAGAGAGAGAUGAUGAAAUGCGAAUGGAACGUCUAAUGACUCCCACCCAGGCAGAUGAAUCGCGACGCUCUCGGAUGCUUCGUGAGGCCCGGCGUUUCCACCAACAAAACGUUAAUCGGAUGCAGUUGCAGCGAGAGUACGAGGAACGACGACUCAUCGAGGCCAUCCAAUCCCCGCGACUCGACAACAACACCGUUGCAAAUGCCACAUUGGCGUAUCUCAUCCGAGAGAAGGUUAUCCCCGAUCACUUUUCGCUUCAAGAGUUGGCUCACGCAGUCUUGUACCUAAUGAUUCUAGAUCAAACACACGCAAAACUCAUCGCCGAUAUUCUAGAACGUUGGGCAUUAUGGGCUCAGUUUGGGGGGAUGCAAAGUAGUCAGCUUACUCACUUGACGGACAACAAAGUCGCUUUCUGCUAUGCGUCGGCUCUCGUAGCAGUAGUGCUACAGGCAAACUCUAGCAGCAACAAUUUGUCGUCAGAUAUGUUGGACUGUAUGAGGGUGUGGAAGAGAGUGAACCUAGGGUAG